UCUUUGAUUGAGUUGACAGAAUUUCUAUGAUGACGGUCCUGUUCCGUUCAUUGCGUAACAUCCGACAUUCAGGGUGAAGACUUCCUGACUGCCUGCUCCACGAUGGCGUCCUGCUCUGAGGGAUCUGCGUCGGUCAGUUAUGAGCCGACCGAAAGUGCUGCAUCUCAGAAGAGAGAGGAGAGACUACGAAAAUUCCGGGAACUGCAUUUCAAAAGGAAUGAAGCACGCAAGCUCAAUCACAAGGAGGUUGUGGAGGAGGACAAGAGACUGAAGCUGCCAACUAACUGGGAGGCUAAGAAAGCCCGUCUGGAGUGGGAACUCAUGACCGAUGAAAAGAAAAAGGAGUGUGCGGCCAAAGGGGAGGACUAUGACAGGGUGAAACUGCUGGAGAUCAGUGCUGAGGAUGCUGAGCGGUGGGAGCGAAAGAAGAAGAAGAAGAACCCUGACCCAGGAUUCUCAGGUUACGCAGAGGCCCAGCUGCGACAGUACCAGCGCCUCACCAAGCAGAUCAAACCAGACAUGGACAGCUACGAGAGGCAGAGAGAGCAGUGCGGUGAGGACUUCCACCCCACAUCCAACAGUCUGAUCCAUGGGACCCACGUCCCAUCCAAGGAGGGCAUCGACCGCAUGGUGGAGGAUGUGGAGAAACAGAUCGAGAAGCGGGCCAAAUACAGCCGGCGUAGGGCCUACAACGAUGACGCAGACAUCGACUACAUCAACGAGAGGAACGCCAAGUUCAACAAGAAGGCAGAGCGGUUCUAUGGCAAAUACACAGCCGAGAUCAAGCAGAAUCUGGAGAGAGGCACAGCAGUCUAACUGGACUGGUCAUUCUAAUGGACACUUUCAUUUCCUCUGCCAUGUUGCAACUGAAGCCCAUAAUUAUUCACUAUGGUUACAGGACUGGUUAUGUACAUAAACUCAGUUUCAGUUGGUCCCUAUGCUUACGUAUCUAGGAUGAAGUUUGUAUUUUGACGCUGAAAUUUCUUUAGAGGCAUUUUAUAUUUAAAUGUUUUUCUGUAUUGUUACUAUAAUGCUUUUGAUCAGUGGAAAUGUUAAACUCUUAAGUGCAACCUGAAUGAUCUUCUAAUGCUAUUCCUGCCUUUCUGUCAGUGUUCGUAUGUAUGACCAUGCAUUUUCUUUAAAUAAAACAUCUUAAACUUU